AUGGUAUCUUUUAAACCGUCUAGAAAUAUACUCGUCAAUUUCCUUAACCUGGUUGCAACGUCGUUAGUUUUCGUUUCAAUACAAAGUUCGCAUGCUAUCACACCCCGAUCGGGUCACGACUCUGUGCUAUUAAACAACAAAUUAUAUGUUUUUGGCGGGAAGGUAGGCGAAACGAGUAGUGCUAUUGAUCUUGCAGAGAAUUCAAAUGAACUUCUCAUUCUCGAUACGAAGAUACCUUUUUCGGCAUCGAGCCCUGCAUGGACAAUUAAUACUGUAGGCCCAAGAGUUGCUUACCAUACACUUAGUAUAGGUGGACCACAUAAUGAACUUUUAGUUUUGUAUGGUGGUGAUUAUGCUGACCGUGAUGAUAAUCCAUUAUUUUAUUAUAAUACUUCGGAUCCAUAUCCUGAAUGGAUUAAAGCCAACCAAAGUUUAGGGUUGCAACGGAUACAGCACACCGCUGUUACAAGAUUAAGUGAUUCCAUGAAUUACUUUUUUGGCGGCAUACCUGACAUUUUAAACCCAGAUGAUCCAGCAAUAGUUCAAUUACAAGACUUAUUUAAUUUGGAUACCAGGAAAAACAUUUGGAAUAUUUUAAGUUUAGAUCCAAAGACGCCAUCAGGAAGGUAUCAACAUACCGCAACAAUUUUUUCAGAUGGGAAAAUGUAUUUAACUGGAGGUGUUACCAAAAAUGAUAAAAAUUUGACGGAUGAAAUGUUGGCAGACAUGAAUCAAAUUUACGUUUAUGAUACAAUGAAUGCGAGAUGGGAUGUUCAGGUUGCUAUUGGUAACAUGCCAUUACCACGAAGAGAGCAUGCCGCAGCAGGAACGCGUGACGGUAGAUUGAUUAUCCAUGGUGGUGUCAGUCGAGACUAUAAUACAUUUUAUGAUGAUAUCGCGGUUUUGGAUAUAUCAAAACUACCUUACACUUGGACCGUUGUUGAAGCAAAAGGCACAAAACCUAAAGCAAGGUAUUCUCAUACUGCUACGAUGGUUGGAACUAAUAUGUUGGUUUUAUUCGGCGUAACCGGUUACGCAACAGUAAAUGGAUUAGGUCGCGCUGUCGCAGAUAAUUAUACCUAUAUCCUUGAUCAAUACAACCCAGAAAAUUUGGAAUUUACUGAUACAGCUCCUUCUAGCAACACCCAUUCUAACGUUGGUCUUCCCAAUAACGCAAUUUCAACAAAUAUGAUGCAUAAAGCUCCAAUUGCAUUAAUAGUUGGUUUAACGUUAGGAUCAAUAGUGUUCCUUUCGUUGAUAGGUGGUGGUUUAUUUUGGUUUUAUCGCAAACGAAAACAAGAUUACUCUCAUAAAGUGUAUAAUACGGGUACAUUUAAUAAAGAGCAAAUGUCAAAUCAAGUCAUAUUGACUUGA